AUGAACAUCACCCCAGAGGUUCUAGAGCAUUGGCUGAAAGCUUGGAAUCUGUCUCGAAGAGAGUUCAUAGAAACGUUCAAUUUGCAGCCGUUGGUUUAUGUGCCGGAGUUACCGCUCAGUCUGAAGGCCCUUUUCUCAGUCCUUUAUCUCUUGAUCUUUACCUUGGCUCUUCUGGGCAAUUGCCUGAUCAUCACCAAGAACAUGAAGAUGCCCGUCAAAAACUCCACCUGUAUCUUCAUCACCUCACUGGCUGUCAGUGACUUGCUCAUCUCCGUCUUCUGCAUCCCCUUCACCUUACUGCAACACCUCUCUGCCAACUGGAUAGCUGGCGAGUUCCUGUGCAAGAUGAUAUCGUUUGUCCAGACCAUGGCUGUCUCCACGGAAAUUCUGACCAUGGUGUGCAUCGCUGUCGAGCGCUUCCAGGGUGUGCUCCAUCCACUGCGGCCCAGAAGCACCUGCACAUCCCUGCAGGGUAAGAAGCUGACAGCGGUUGUCUGGUUGUCUGCGAUGGCCAUUGCUUCGCCCCUGUGGUAUGCACAGAAGAUUGAGGUUCAGCACGAUUUCCUCUUCGAAGUGCACUACAUCUGCUGCCAGGAGGUCUGGCACCAGCCCCAGCAGAGGAAAGCCUACACCACCAUCAUUCUGCUGCUUGUUUUCCUUGUCCCACUCAUGACACUGGCAGGCAUCUACGGGAAGGUGGCGUAUGAGCUGUGGUUCAAGCAUCGCGUUUACGACUCCGUCUUUCAAGCCCUGUCCAGAGCUGAGCUGAACAAGAGGACAAGAAAAAAGAAGCAUGCGGUGAAGAAGAUGGUGGCUGUGGUGAUUGUGUUUGCAGUUUGCUGGACUCCAUUUCACCUCGUCGUCAUGCUCUCUGAUUAUGGUAAACUGCAGCUGAACGCAGAGAAGGAGACUAUUCUCUUUGCUUCGGUACAGCUUCUGGGUUUCAGUAACUCGACCUGCAAUCCCAUCAUCUACAUGGCCCUGAAGGAAAACCUGAAGAGCUUCUGUAGAACCCUACGCUGUCAAAGGAGGAGGAUGAGUUGGAGAGCCUUGGGCAAGAGGGUAGAGCAAAACCCUUCCCAACCGUGCACCAACACUCUGCCCAUACAGCCACGUUCAGCCUGGGCGAUCGAUCCAGGCCAAGGUGCCCAUUUCUCACAAGUCCACACACUGACCAUCAUGGAUCCAAUCAACUCUCAGUUCCCCAGGGCUCAAGGGGAUCUCCCUGAAAAAACAAGAGAUGCACACAUCGCCUUUGUGUGA